AGACAAGAUGGCGGAACUAUCGCCUGAAGAGUUCAAGAAGAGUCUCUUCACGACUUUCCGAAGUCGUGGAGUGCUAGAGGCCCUGAAGGUGAGCUUAAACGUAACAAUUCAAUGUAAAUUUUAGUUUUAUAAUACUGCACAGAGAUCCUCGGGAUACGUCUGGUACGAAUGGCGUGUGAAAGUUUGGAGUUCAUCGUCAUUACUAACAGUUAUAAUCUUCGAGAAAAAUGCACUGAUAUCUGGAAAAAAGAAACCACGAAUUUACUGUGAACUUAAACCAUUGCUCGUGAAUAUUUGAACUUGUAAUAGAGUGGCACGCUUUCUUGAAAAAUUAUUUUGAAGCCUUUGCUAAUCCAAGUACUUAACAUAGGUGUAGAUCUCUACAUCACUGAACUGUCACUACCGAUAAGGGAACCUGCACUGUACAUGAAACCUUCACUUGGUGCCACCAUUUGCGAUGACCACUGCAACAAAAGGUUCUUUAUUAAGACAAAUAUGCAUAUUUUUUAUCUCUAUUAUUUUUUCCAAACGUUAGCAAGAGAUGAAUUAGACACGGUGAAAUAAUAAGUAAAAAAUAUAAAAUUUUUCAAGGAGAGAAGACUUAUAAUACAAAACUACACCACUUAAAUUAAGUCACAUUGUAUAUAGGAAGGGGAGGAGAGGGGCAAAUCUAGAUAAAUUUAGUAAAAAGUAAAGGAAAAUUUAUAAGAAGAGCUCAGUAAAAUGUCAAAGAGAUGAUGUUUCAUUAGUAUUGAGCAAGGUACCAGCAUAAAAAUGCUUUUCUAAACAUCUUUAUUGAUGAUUUGUCUCUGAUUGAUUGUGGAGUACUAUUCAAAAAGAAUCUUCUAAUAAUGCUCAGGUAGAAUCUCCUGAGAUUAGUUUGAAAUGAGGGUAUGCCUACUUGAUUAGAUAAUGCACCAUAUGUAGCUCAGAUACUAGUAAAACAGGUAUAUUAGGAAACUUUUCAUUGUGGAAAUAAUCAUAAAAAAGCGUACAUGUGUUUAGUUUAACAAUAUCAGGAAAUUUCAAAAGACUUAGGGAUACAUAGUGUGGAGUUAUUGAUUCCAAGGAACAUCAUUUAUAAUAAAAACUUCUUUGUUUUGUAAUUUUAUGAUUUGAGACUAAGUAGGAUUAUAAUUAUUUCCCCAUUGUGUACAAGCAUAAGUAAGGAAAGAAUAUAUAAGAGAAUAAUACAAACUAAUAAGUUUGCUUUGGAGACAAUGUUUUAACUUAACCAUUAUAUUUAAAUUUUUGCUCAUUUUGCCACAUAUUUAGUCAAAAUGGUCACACCAAGUAAGGUGACAAUCAAUAUACACACCAAGGUAUUUGAUAUAACAGGAUUUCUCUAAAUGAACAUUUGCUACACUUAAUGGUGAAUACAAAUUGUAAUUUUCCUUUUGACGAGGCAUAUUAUCUAAUAGAAAAAUAAGCUGAAGACUCAGGAAGGGCAUUUAUAAAAAUAAUGAAUGGCAAAGGUCCUAGUAUCAAUCCUUAAGGUACACCAGUGGAGAUGGAACAUGACUCACAAGCAAUGCCAUUUGCCAUUGAAUGGCAAAGGUCCUUGUAUCAAUCCUUAAGGUACACCAGUGGAGAUGGAACAUGACUCAGAAGCAAUGCCAUUUACGUAUUUACAUGCACAUGCUGCUUCCUGUUAUUUAAGUAAGAUUGGAACCAAUUAUUUUCACUUUGUUGUAUUCUGUAAUACUUAAGCAGGGCAUGAAAUUGCGCCUAAUACAGGUGCCAAUGCGACUAAAUUUUUCACUUUGGCGACCAAAUCCUAAAAAUUAGUUGCCAAAUUGGCGACUAGAAUGUUUCAUCAUAACCUAAUACCUAGAGAUAUAGUGAAUUAAAAAGAUUUGCAAAGACAAAUCCGCAGCAAACUUCCUUGUUAAGUUUGUUUCCAAAACGCAGCAGAUGCAUCUCGAUCGAUAGCUAGACGCCAUCUUGGAUUUAGGUGAGCUUAAACGUUGCAUAUCAUCCAUCCUAGUGUCCCCUUUGUAGCACGUUAAAUAUCUUUUCCCUUAAUUAAUUUAUAGAACGAUGACAGCAUAAAAAAAAAAGGUUUUGUUUGUCUUUCAAAAUGGCGACCAACUUUUUUUGAAUUGGCUACCACUUUGAUGAAUUUAGGAGCCAAGUGGCUAUCAGAAAAAAAAAUUAAUUUCACGCCCUGUUAAGUCUAUUUUAAUUGGUAAUAUUUGAUGAUUUACUGUGUCAAAGGCUUUACUUAGGUCUAAGGAUAAAGAAACCACAUAGAGUCCUUGAUCAAGAGAAGAAAUUAUUUCUUCAUUAAGAUGAAUUAGACUGUCAGAGGUUGUAUAACCUGAUAUAAAUGACCAUAUUGUUUUGAGGAAAUUGUGUUUCCAUUGGUAAGAUAGGACAUAAGCUGAUUAAAAAUUCAUUUCUCAAAUAUUUUAGUUAUAGAAAAGAGAACUGAAAUAGGUUAAUAAUUGUUACAUGUACAACAAGAGCCUUGUUUGAAAACUGGAACAACUUUAGCAAGUUUCAUACUAUCAGGAAAAAUACUUUGGUUGAUAGAAACUUUAAGAUUAAUAUAAGUUAAAGGAUGGCACAUUUGUGGUGUUCUGCUUUUUAAUAAAAGUGGAUGAACCUUGUCAAUUCCAAAUGACUUCUUCAUAUCAAGACUUUUUAGUAAUAGAAAUACCUCUAUUUCAGAGACUUGUGAGAGGCAAAAUUUCAUUGUUUCUGGGAAAGAUAAGAUGUUGCACUCCUAUCAUUUUUAGGCAGUUGUGGUGCUAGUGUACAAGGGAUAUUACAGAAAAAUUUGUUGAGGCAGUUGUAGAUAAUAAAAGGUUGUUCAUAUUGUUUAUUUUCUACUUGUAACUUUUCUAUAUGAGAACUUGGCUGCUUCUUAUUUAUCAAUAAAUUAAUGUUUUCCCACAUCUUUUUUCAUGUUGUCUGAUAUGAUUAAGAUGUUGUAAAAGCAGUCUCAAUAUAUUUUAUUAAAGGAGGCAAUUUUGUUGCAAUCAUAAAUUUUUUUAAAAAAAGAUGUACAUAACCUUUAACCUUGUCAGCUUUUUGCAGAGGAAAAGGUUCGUGGCUUAUUCAUCAGCAGACCUCCAUACCAUCAGAAGCAUAUAACCUACUGAGGCAUAUGCUUAGGGUUCUAUAUAAAGGGCUUUUCAACUGAGUAUCAAUUGUCAUUGCAAUGGCCAAUCAGAACAAAAAGGUUUUUAUCACAGUGCAGUCAAUGAACUCAAAUUUAGAACAAGCAAAUGUCCUUAAGCUUAGGAAAAUUCAAGUGACCAAGUUGCAGUACUUUUUAGUCUGGUAUCUUGGUGGUUGAUAGGCGAUGUUCAUUUUCUUAACCAAUCUCUAAGGGCAGUAAAGUAAAACCAGUGCAAUCAUGAGUUACAUUACUUUCUACACUAAAUUGAUGACUGGGCAGACCAAUAAUGCUAAACAAAGAUUAAGAAAGAUGGUAUUUUCUUCAGUUCAAUUGUCACUUAAUGACCAAUGAUGAAAAUUUUUAUGAGCACGAGAUCAAAAAAAUGGUUAACAUCCUUUUUUAUCAAUACAAAUAUUGUAUGUUCAAAUCAUGAUGUCCUUCGUUUAGAAAUUAUCCUUAGAAUUAAGGAUCUGUUACCUACAUGAACAUGAAGUCUUCAAGAUGAAGAUGUGAUGAUAAAGUAAUCAUUAGUUUGUUCUCUGUUGUUAUGCAGUCUCAACUUAGGAAUCGUCUAAUAAAAGAACUUCAAGAAACUGCUGGCAAGGAUGAUUUGGCAGAAUUACAUGGUCAGGCAGAAAAUACAGAGACUGUCUGUAAACUUGCUGCUAACAGCCUUGUUGCUGACCACUUAAAGAGAUGUAAUUAUGAAUAUUCUUUAUCUGUCUUCAUGCCAGAGAGUGGUUUACAAGAACAUAAGGUAAUUAAAUCAAAUAAAUUAUUUAUUUGCUAUUUUUCUUCCAUGGAUAUAUAUGAAGAAUGGAAGGAAGAAUUAAGUAUUUUGGAAAACCCAUUAGGAAAUCCACAAUUAUGAUCAGAAAAUCUGUCCUUGAGAUUCAUGUCCUUCUCAUGUCUUUCAAAGGUGCAAAAAGCAUUUGCUUACAAGAAAAGUGAUCUUAUGGGAAUCUGACAUAAUAACUUUGAUUAUGAAAGAUGGUGGUUAUUCUCCCAGCACUUCAUUUAUUUUUGCAAACCACUGAAGGGUCUAUGCAUCUAAAAAAGGAUGAUUUUCACUUAUCAUAGGCAAAGGUCUUUACUUUUCUCAAGAAAAGUGCUUUUUUUGUUUCAGUUACUUACAAUGAGGGAUAUCCUCUUACUGCUAAAAAUUAGAGAAGGUUCUGAGCUCUACAAGAAUAUGGUAUGUUUAACAUGUUGAUGUUUUAAGAUUUUAAGUAAGGAUGUGUAGAGAAUGUUCUUGAAAAGCACAUAACAACUACUCCCUCUAGAUUUAAAGGGAAUCCCUUGAGAUAUAUACUAAAUAUGUACAAAAGUUGAAAAGGGAUCAACAAAAUAAACUUGUCUUGAGUUUAAAUAUUUUGUUAUAUGUGUGAACUUGAAAUAAGGAUUUUCCCUGAGAUGAUAUAAGUGACAACUAUUUUUUGAUUGUAUGUAAUUUUUUUUUACAACUAGAUCAGUGUAUAUGAUGCAAAUUUGAGUUGAAAAUUUUGAUUGGCUCACCUACCAUGGUACAUGUUUUGCUUCCAAUUUUUUAUUAUUGUUGAAUUUUAUCUUGAGACAUUGAAUAUUUGUGGCAAGGGGAGAUAAAAAUCAACCUUGUCUUCAAAAUCUUAAAGCAAAAAAAAUGAUUUGAACCACAAUAUAAACAAGCAAUACUGCCAUGGCUAAAGAACUUCAUGUAGCAAGAUUAUCAAUGUAUAUUUCAUUGUUUUUUUAUAAUGUGCUGUCAUCCUACAACAUUUCAAGAAUAUCAUUAUUAUGUUUAUUAAGAGUUUCUUUGGUUUUUCGAUUGAGACGUUAUGCAUUAAUAUUUGGAAUUCUCACAGAUAACAUCUGCUUGCAAUCAUUCCCUAUUUGGACAAGUUAUAUUUAAUACAGGAUUUUCUUUCUUACUUUAUAACAAUUAUCCUUGUAGCUUUUUGGCUCUAAUUAUUUACAGGUAUUGGAUUUAUACAAUGUCAUCUGAAAGUAUAAAUGAUGUGACUGAAUACUAUACAUGUGCCAAGUUGACUUCAUUUUUUAAAUUUAGUUUCACUGUUAUAACUUAAGGUCCAUGUUAACAUAGGAUUGCACACAAGAUUUAAGCAUGAUACGGUGUUAUCUUUCAACUGAAGUUCUUAUUUUGCAGGAAAUUGUAUUGGAUAAACAUGGAUCAUCAAAUGGUAAUUUUUUUUAAAUAAAAAAAUUAAAAGGUGAAGGAAAAACUUCAACAUUAAGAGAGACAAUUUUCUGUGGGAUAUCAGAGCUUGGAAAGACUUCCAACCUGGCUUCUGUUGUAUAGAAAAAAUUCCCCUGUCCAAGGAACACUUUUUGCUCACUUGUCUACCAGGUAAAGCCAUAAACAAGCCAAAGCUCUAUCCUGCCUCAAAGGAGAAGCUUAAUUGUAUUUUCUCCUGACCCUGCAUAUUUCAUACACUGUCAGUGUUUGUCAUACUCUUUGGAAAUGUUAAGUGUGUGGUGUCUGUACCAGUCUACCUAUACACUGCAAUUGUUCCAUCGUAAUUGAAAUUAGGUUAGCAAUAGAUUGUCAGAGGUAUAUAAUUUCAAAAGAUUAUUUUAUCAUUAGAAUCUAGUGAGUUUUUAACUAAGAGUUCACCUAGUCACAAUGGCAUUCUUGAGUAAACAACUGGAGCAAGAAGCCAACAACAAGAAAAUAAUUACUAACUAUUGCACAAGUUACAAAUACUAGUCAAAACAAUGCUUGUCUACAGUGAGUACUUUUAAACAUGAGCUGACCAUUGUAUAAGUUGUGAGUUUUGCUGAUAAGUUGCUUUUCUGCCUUUCCUACUGUUUCACUCCAGAAAUCACAGGUAUCUUUCCACAAAUAAUCUCAGUGAGUGAUUUGUUUUACAGGUUUGUUGGUAGAAUUCUUAAGUGCCCUAGGUGUGUCGAAUGAUCAUGGAAAGGCUUCAAAAGCUGUUCAAGCUUCCUUAAAGCAACUUUCUUCAAUAGGUAACCAAUUUUUAAACUCAUUCGAUGAUAUUACUCAAAACAAGUUUAGUAUGCAAGUUCACUUGUAAACUAAAUGGUAAUGCUUAACAAGUGGCAGUAUAAUUGUUAUGGUACAAUAGUUAUAUAAAGUACCAGCAUUGCCUGCAACAGUCAUAAAGCUCAGAAUUUUGAAACUUCACACAUUGCUAACAUUACUCAUAAUUUACAAACUACCUAAGAAACAAGACAUAGUAUAGAAAUUUUAAGAAACAAAAUCAUCAUGCUGUACUAAUUUCUUACAAAUUAGUAGACAAGCGCAAGGAAAAUUGUUUAAUGAUGUACUCACACCAGAAACACCUGGAAGCAAAUGUUUUCUCUUAUUUUCACCCUCUGCCUCCAUAGAGGAUAAACUGCAAAGUGUGGAAAGACAGUACCUCAAAAAUCUUCAGACAGAAAAUCAGAAAUGGAGUUCUCAGACUGAAAAGCGGCUGCUUGGAUUGCACAAACAAUGGGAACAAGACAAGAAAAAACUGCUUGAGGAGGAGGUAUAUAUUACAUGUCUUCCAAUGAUUUGCUUAGUAAAAUUUUUUUUAAUAAAAACAAAUUUACUCUUAAAACGGAAAAUUCACUCUGGAGUGCACAACAGGCGCAAGUAAAAUGUGGGAGCAUAUAGAAUAAUGAACAACCGACACUGAGUACUAGUCAGCAAACAAGACAGUUUGUAGUAACACACCCUGAGAACUAACAUUUCAAACUUGGGUUCAAAUUUAUUUGAUUUUUAUUAGAGAAGUAUUCAAAACUUUUAAAAUGUGAAAAGGCCUUUCAUUACUAAAAGAAAAAAACCACUAGUUGUGAAUCGCUAGUGAUAGUGUCAGAGACAGCAAUCAAUGUAACUGAUCAUUUUUCAGAGGCAGCAGUCAAUGUACUUCAGGAGCAAGUUUGUGCACUAAGCUAAGACAGAUCAGUAGUAUGGUUCGGCUGGUGGGCCCGGGUUUUACUCGUGAUAGUUUGAUUUACAUGUUCUUUUUACAAUGAUUUCCACUGGUCUGUGUUGAACAUGGCUAGCUUGGGUACCUGAAAGCAACAGAACUUGCUCGUGUAAGGUUCGAAGAGAAGGAAAAAUAUCAAAGAGAAGUCCAAACUAUAAGAAAACAGGUAUGUCUACGCUUUACUGAAAUCAAGGUUUGUCGCAAUAUACCUGUAAUCCUCUAUGUAAUCACAGUUUUCACCACAGCGAGAGCACAUGAUUUUCUGUCACGUACUGCCAGUGCAUAUCACCAAUCCAAAAACUCGUGGAACUUUGCUUAGAAAUCAAAGGGAGAGGUUUACUCGUUUGGUCCAUGGAAGGAUAGUCGCCAAGAUCGACAGAGAGGCGUUAUUGCAGCUCAUCAGAUUGCGCCGGUUUACAGAAAUGUAGAUUAUUCUUGUUCAAAAGUCUAUAUUUAAAGCCCAUAAAGCCCACUAUACCAGUACAUUGAAAUAUCUCCAACGUCUGUGUUUCCAUGACAAUUUUAAUAGCUUAGUUUAAUCAAAAACAGUCAUUUUGUGUUUUUUUUAGCUUGAGGAAAAAUAUGCAGCCAAGGCAGAGAAAUUAAAAGCCGAUGAGAGAGAAAAGUUACAGUUACUGAGCACUCAACAACAGGUGCAGUUUUUUGGCUUAUUGUCGAACGUACUCUUAUGCGCUCCGCGCCAUCUGACAUUAAAUUGCGGGAUUUAACCUCCCAAGAGGAAUAAUCAUAUGAUCAUUAUUGGGUGGCAACAGGGAUGUAAACCAGUUAACCUGGUAAUUGAGGAUGGUGUUUCGUCCAAAUAGCAUUAAGUUGUAAGGCUUUUUUUUUCGGCAUCUCAUCUAAUCUACAACGUUGCAACUCUCUUUAAUGUCACUUUGUCAUUUUUCUUUUUAAUUCUUCAGCUUCAGGAAGAAGAAGCACACGCGCAACGACAGAAACUCCUGGAAGAUAUGUUGUCUCUCAAACAACGGGAAACUGAGUUUGAUUUAAACCAUCAAAUGCAAGCAAAGUAAGGAAUAGUUAUGCCGAGUAGUCCCAACAGUUGUUGUGCCCGGCUCAAAAUUCAGUUGCAGGUCGAUUGAAUUUAACGAAACUUUUGAACCCUCAUUUAAACAAUUGUAAUACUUUGAUGGAGUACUUCCUUAUCGGUUUUUAGAUGAUCAUGAACAAAUACAGCUAAAACUAACUUGGUUCCCUUUUACACCCCAGAACAUUGAAGCUCGAAGAAGAGAGGAUAAACGUUUUAUCUCAGGAAUUAAAAAUCAAGAAAUCUCUUUUAGAAGAUGCAGAGGCCAACUUUAAUAGAAGACUAGAUGAAGAAGUACAGAGGUGGCAACUGUGGCUUAUUGUUUAUUAUUUCUUAAUACCUUAAUUUCUAAGUUUCUUUCGUAAGAAAUGAAUGGAGAGGAGGUAGUGAAUAAUCAAAGAUGUUGAAAAAUUGGAUAUUACAAAUACAGCGACAGCAGUGUCAAGAAGUUACUAUUUCGGACUGGCAGAAGUUGUAACGCGUUCUGCAAGACUGAGAACUCCGUAAAAUCUACAAACUGGAUCACAUGGAAAAACUCUCCAUUACGAAGAAACACACAAGUUUUCUCGCCUAACGUAACUUGUAGUCUUUGAGUGCUUCCUAAAUGGUCGAAAAGAUUGCGACUUCUAAGUGAUACAUGUCAGUCAAAUGAAAAGUAGAGGAAUCUUGAAGCGACUGCGUAAACUUGCAGAUAAUAGCGUGACGCUUGAUAAAAUGUUUGUGAACUGGAGUACGUUUAAUGAUGUAAAAUAUCUCGUUAAGACGCAUGUUUCACGCCUAUCACCGACGCUAGACCAACAUGGUUUUUGGGGAAAAAGUAGCCUUCUUACUGCACAGAGGCCUGGUUAAAAAAAACUUCAAAGUUUAUUAAUUUCGAGUGAAGUAAAUUUUUCUGAUUUUAGUCAAGUUAGUAGUUACGUUUCUAAAAGAUGUUUUUUUUUUUUUUUUGUGGUCGCUUGGCUCCAAUUUCAAACAAACUAACAACCGAAGCGCUGCUUCUGUCCGUCCGCUGUCCACAUUGCACGUAUACAAGGUGUAUUUUAAUGACACUCAUAUGUAUUAAGAUCGCGAGAACAAAAACUACAAAUCCCUCAUUCAUGUGCCUCAUGCCCAGUGUGCCUUUCAUGUAUUUUAGGUACAAAUUAAAAUGUGACGAAGAAUUUCACGACAGAAGACAAACUCUAGAGCUCAGAGAAAAACGGCUACAACGUAAGUUCAUUCUAACGUGGUGAUGAUGUAAUGAUGCUACUUGAAAUUGAGUGUUUAUUUUUGUUUGUAGCUGAAACUUUGAAAGAGAACCACUCAGUGGAGUGUCUUCUUAAGUUUACUGUGGAGGCACCUCGCAAUUUUGUGUGUUUUGAGAACAAUAUCAACUUUGAAUUUCAGAUCCCCUGCGUACCUAGCUAGCCUCCGAAAUUUUGCUUAUUUUUUCUACUUCAAUGUUUUCUACUUCAGUCAAUUUUUGUCAUGAUAAAAUGUCAAAUCAUAUCGUGAAUAGAUGAUCAUUGAAUGGGUAAUUGAAUACCGGUUCCGUAGAACACCGCUGACCGGAACCGAAUUAUAGCUACUUGGUCGCCAUGGUUUUGUGACCCACAGUUCAACCCUACUAACAUUUAGUUUUUCGUUUCGUUGUCUUAGACAGUCCAUUAGUGUUAAAAACAAUAUAUGUAUUUAGUUGUUGAAAAGUUCCUGUCACUUGAUUUGUAACACAUAAUUAUACCUGUUAUUAAUAAAAGCUGUCAUGUCUUUUUGUUCUCUUCGUGCCUUACUUUUGAUAAUUUUUGUGUGAUUUAAAGGGUAAAAUGUAUUAUUAACGUAUUAAAAGCAGUAAUUGAGUUUUUGAUUCUAUCGUCACCUGUUCAACUUAUAUGGCUGUUAUUCAAUUUAACCGAGUGAUAACAACUUGCCGUUCACAGGAGAUUUGGAUGGUUUCGAGAGAAAGCAAGGUGUUUAUAUAAACACCUCUGACGAACUGCAGAGAACCAAAGGAAAAUUAAAAGAAUUACAAGUAUGUUGGAUAUACAGACUACAAUGGGGGAAGGGUAAAAUAACAAAUAAAGAAAACAGCUGAUGUUGAUGUCUAGAAAAAGGAAACAUCCAAAUUAUCAGUCCACUUUUACGUCUGUUUAAUUUUCAUGUAUGUAUCGGUAACGACACUGAUCCAGGAGUUGUUCGCCAUGAGGAUGUGUUGAGUGUUACUCUUCAACUCAAAGGAUGUUGAACUGUUUUUUCUUCCCUGUUUACAGCCUCACUGUACAAACAUCUCAUCCUCCCUUCCUGUAAGCAGCGUGUACAUGAAUUUUUAACUUUUGUGGAAGUUAGUUUGCUGAACUUCCACUAAAGAUUUGCCACAUGUUUAAUUGUCAGAUGCUCUAUUUCUUAUGCAUCCUCUGCAGAUUCAACUUGAUGAUAACAAGUCACAACUUGCUUUAGCUCUCCAGCAAAAGGAAAUGAUGAGUAUAAAGCUGAGCGAGGUGAGUGAAUUGAUGACAUCUCUAGAAAAUCUUUGAAUAAGGUGUUUUUUUUUCGCUUUAGAUAACGAACUCUUUCUGUUGAAAAUAUAAAAAUAUAACGAUUCGAACGUGAGAUAGUCUAUUUAAGAUUUCCAUAUUUAUUGUUUACUUGAUUCUUUGAAAAAGGAUCUCGAGGCGAUCAAAGAAAGAGAUGACGCUCUUGCCAAGGAGAAUGCAAUAUUGAACAGGUAAGACAGGGUUUGCUAAGUUCUACUGGUCCUUAUCACGUGAACAAUUUUGAAUUAUCCAAAUUGUUCAAUUGACUCAUCAAUGAAAUAAUCCUUUUUUUCUGAUUCUGACCGCCACUUUCCCAGUUAAAUUGAUUAUCAUUUCUAGAAAGCUCAAUCAAGUUCAUCCAUGCACUGCCGAAAGCAGAGGCAGUGAAAAAAUGAUCUGAAUUUGACUAAAUGAAUUUAGUUACAAAGUGCUUCUGUUCACUACGUGUUGCAAACUGAUAUCUACGUAUUUCCCCUUUUGUAGAAACUUGUUGAAGUAUGAAGAUGAAGAGAAAGGUAGCAAUUUUAUGCUGUUCAGUUGAGUCAGUUUCUCUGGGUGACAAAACCUUAAUGGUUAAUUUGUAUUACACAUCUUUAUUCUUUGAUUCAGGAAACCAAAGACUAAUCAGCGAAUUAAGGGAAAAAUCAAUGGAGUCUGCUGCAGACCUAGUAUGACCUCUAAGUUGAUUUUGAAACAAUUUGUUUAUCUAUGUUACUGUUCUAAAGACCAUAUGAGAAUAAUUUUAAAUCACAGUUUCUGGUAUUUUUUAAAAUAUUCUUGAGCUAAUUCUCUGUGAUUUUGAUAGCUACAUCUACGAGAUCAGUUAAAACAAAUGGAGAAAACCGCCAAGUCGAAGGAAAAGUCUUGGAAAGAUUACAAAACAAAGAUGGAAUCCAGACUGGAUGAAGAGGUAAAGCUGUAGCCUUAAUGAUAGAAUGUAAUAUAAAAUCAAGCUCAGUCGGUCUCUUUGCCUCCAUGAAGGUACCAGGUCAAUUUUCAGCAUUUUUAUCAAUAGACCUCUCUGGCUUGUAUGUUCUGAUUACUCAUUUCAGGUACCAAAGAAAUUCCCAGCUUUAUCUUUUGAAAAUUAUACGUACAUAUGCACGUGAAUAAGACUAAAUUUGAACGAAACAGUUCUCUGGAGUAUUAAAACGUGACCUGAAAUGGGUUUACAAAACAUAUGAGUUAAAUAGGUCGAUUAUCAACAGAAUCGCGCGAAAUUCUCUUGGCUGAAAAAGGCAAUCUUCCGUGAGGAGAAAUUUUCCCAGUACAAUCGCAUAAUUUUUAUCUAAGCUUCUAACAAAUAUUUACAGAAAUGAACAUUUAAAAGUGUGUCGAGACUCCAAAUAAUGUUCCUAACGGUUCAGAAACUGUUCUCAAAUGCGCCGAACAUUCGUUAUGUACGCCGCCAUUUUAUCACCGCCGAUAAUUUACCAAAAUUUUUAUGAAAGAAAUUUAAUGUAAAACAAGACCUGUUGAGUAGGUGUUUGACACGUUCGGAUGCAUUUUUGUCUUGAAGUGUUUUUUUUCUGUCUCCCUUGUAGUGUCAGAAGCGACUUAAGUAUCAACAACUUUAUGAAGAAACGAUGAUGAGUCAGUCUGCGCUCAAUCAAGAGGUAGCCGACCUAAAACUUACUUUGCAACAAACGCAGCAAGGUAUUAUUUAUACAUUAAUUGUUACUUUUAUGGAGUGGAUAAUACCAGUUAAUUUGAAAUUAGUGAUUUAAUUCGUGAGCCAUUCAUUAAAUGUACAUUUAUUUAACGGCACUACAAUUAAAACAAUGGAAUUAAACACGUGAAGAAAUCUAGGUACCACUAUGAACUUCCAUAAUGGAACUCGGAGUGAGAGAGAUGUGUGCUGCAUUUACGAAGAAGAAAGAUAAUGAUAGCAAUCGCGCCAACCUUUUUCUCAGCAUUCUUUUCAUUUAUUUAUGCGUUUUUUACUGGUUUUCCCCUUUCAGUGCUCGAUGUGGAACUUGGCCGAAGAAGAGCAAACUCCAUCCCUUGGUAAGCCUAAAGGAGUUUUAAUACAACUAGUCCAGUGCUACUAGUUCGGAGCUCUGUUGUAAAAAUUAAGGUGAAAGUAACCGGUACAGUUUGUAAUAUUGCUUUGUUCUCAUUUUCCCAGAAAGGUAAGUUUGUAAUUAUUUCUAUAUACUUUUGCUAUCGUACUAUUUUUCUGGUGUAUGCACUCCUGGGCAAACGUUAACUUGAAUUUGAUUUCUCCCCUAUAAAAGCGUAAGUGAAGGUGAUGUUAGACAGAACAAGGUUUUCAAAAAAGGGAACGUUUUUCGCGCAAUACCAACGCCCAACAUUUUGCUAGUGCCUAAUUUUCGCGUCUUGAUCAGCCUUUCUAACACGAAAGAAGUAAACAGACCUAUAGGAAAAAAAAAAAAACAAAAAUCGACGGUGAGCAUGUUACAGUACCGCCUACUAUCCCCUUGCCUGAUGAGUGGCAACCAUGUAGUACAUAAUUUAAUCACAAAUGGUAACGUUUUGAUAUUGUUUCUUUUUCAGUCAAAGGCAAACCGAAUAUUAUACACUAUUUGCAGUUAAACUGUCUCUAACGCCUUUGGUUAAGAGGAUUAAUUUCUUAAAUUAUCGUCAUCACGUUGGGUUAAAAAAAUUUACAAAGCAAAGUGAGCAGGGUUUAUCGAUAUUUUUCGGUUACUUCCUGUAAAGAAUUCCACCUUGCACUUGUUCAAUAUGAGCUGAUCGUGGCCAUCGAAACCAAAGUCCAUCAUUUCAUAUCCAAUUCACAAUCGUGUCAGUUAAACAGUAAUUCGAUGAUUCGAUCUUCUAACCAAUAGCAUGGAGUCCAUGCCAAGCGAACUUGAGUCCCCGGCAGUAAAUACAACUCAAUGGGAAGGUGACAGAACAUCGUUGACAGACUCGGCUAUGGACGAAACCAGUAGCACUGUGGUUAUGAUAGCCCAGAGCAAGGAACUGUUUGAUCGGCUGGAGAAGGAGGCCAAGGUUUGCUAAAAAUUGUCUUAAUUUAGCUUAACCCUUUAACCCCCAUGAGUGACCAAGACAGAAGUUCUUCUUACAAUAUCUAUACUAUAUCAACCAGAUAAGUAAUGAGAAUAAAGAACAAGAUCAAUUUGGGGAUAAUUAGUUGAUCCAAUACUACAUUCUCUGAACUAACAUUAUAAAAAUUGUAUGGUUGACUGGAACAAGAAUUACAAAUUUGAUCUGGGAGUUGAAGGGUUAAUUGUGGUGCAUGUACACCAACCUCAGGGUUUUGAUACACAUCGGGGUACGGCUGCCCCAUGGCUUGGUUGUUAGCAGUAGUACAAAUCUUUUACACCUUUUGUAUGCUUACCUUGUAGGAGUUGGAAGAAUCCUAUCAGAAGUUCCAGUCGCGAAUCAACCAAAUGGAACUAGAUGUUCACUCAACGUCUCGUUCACCUGAUUUACAUCAUCCCACUCAAAACCUCCAUGGAAAUACGUCAUUUGAUUAAACAAAAUUAAAUUUUUUUAAAAUCUCUUGUCUUCUUAAGUUUCACACUUUCAUGCCAUAUGAACAGAGGUAGCUCUGACAGAACGCGUCAUAUGCGCGCGCUGUUGUCUCACAUUUCGCCAAGUUAACUGUUGUUUUUAUAAUGGUAAUAGGACCGAGUGGAGUCCUAUUCGGUCUGUAAUCAUACGAGUGAUUAACAACAUCGGACGACCAAGCAGGAAUCCUACAGAAUUGGAUGACACGAAGUCCUGUUACCAAUUAAUCAAAACUAUGAAAAAAACUUGAGAAAGAAACUAGACAUUGGUUGUACGUUUUCAUAACUAAUCAUAACCAGUACAAUUUCCUCAAAUGUGAUUGGUUGUAGUAGCUGCUUUGUUUUCCACUAUUCAUACUGUAGAGUUGUAAUUGGAUAUUGUAAUCGGACAGUUGGCUGUAAUCGGACAGUUGAAGCAGCCAAUCAUACUUAGUCCUUUCAGUCAAAUCCACCAAUUACAGAAUUGAUCACAAUAACCAUAGCAACAACCACUUAUCCUGAAAAAAGUUGUGGAAUUUCCAAAGUUGAGGAAUUUUUCCCAUAAACAUUGUCUCUACUACAUAUAUU